UUAGUACAUGUUGACCUUUCCAAGAGUGUUAUUAGUUGCAACUGAUUUGUACAAGUCAUGAGCGGAUGCCCGUAUUUUGAGAGGAAGCAUUUGUUGUUUCAAAACCAGCUUCUGGAGCAAAAAGAAGAGCAAGAUGCCUCUCAGGGAGGCGUCAACAAGGCCAGUAAAGGAGGUAUAAUCUAUGGAGACUACCUCAAGCUGGAUAAAAUUGUGACAGCCCAGGUGCUACAAAGCGAGCUGCAGGGCAACAAGAUCCACGAUGAGCACCUCUUCAUUGUCACACAUCAAGCUUAUGAGCUGUGGUUUAAACAGAUUCUGUUCGAGCUGGAUUCAGUGCGGCAAAUCUUCAUUAAUGGACACGUGCGAGAUGAACGCAACAUGCUCAAAGUCAAUACUCGCAUUCACCGGAUCGUGAUGAUCUUCAAACUGCUGGUCGAGCAGUUUGCUGUUCUGGAGACAAUGACAGCCUUGGAUUUUUUUGACUUCAGGGAAUAUCUGUCUCCAGCUUCUGGCUUCCAAAGCCUUCAGUUUCGGCUCUUGGAGAACAAAAUUGGGGUCCCUGACACCUUGAGGGUGCCGUACAAUAGACAGCACUACCGCGACGUCUUCAAAGGUCAGGAAGGCGAGUUGCUGCUCGCCACGGAGAAAGAGCCCACACUCUUGAAACUGGUUGAGGAGUGGCUGGAGAGAACGCCUGGCCUGGAAACAGAUGGCUUCAACUUCUGGGAAAGCCUGGAGAGGAACAUAUUUAAUGGCCUUGAUAAGGAAAAGCAAAAUAUUGAGCAAAUGCCUGACUGUGAGGACAAAGAGGAGAUGAUGGCUGAGUUGCUGAAGCAGAAGGAAGUGUUCACUUCUUUGUUUGAUGUUAAGCGUCACGAGCAUCUGCUCAGUAAAGGUGAGAGGCGGCUGUCUCACAAAGCUCUUCAAGGCGCUCUCAUGAUCUACUUCUACAGAGAGGAGCCUAGGUUCCAGGUUCCUUUCCAGCUGCUCAACUCCCUCAUGGAUAUCGACAUGCUCAUGACAAAAUGGAGAUACAAUCACGUAUGCAUGGUGCACCGGAUGAUUGGCAGCAAGGCGGGCACAGGGGGCUCGUCUGGGUACCACUACCUGAGAUCCACUGUAAGUGACCGCUACAAGGUUUUCGUGGACUUGUUCAACCUGGCCACAUUUCUGGUACCUCGCCACUGGGUGCCCAAAUUGAACCCAAAUGUCCACACAUUCGUUUACACUGCCGAGUGCUGCGACAGCUCCUACUGCAGCAGCGAGGACUCGGACUAACGACGUACAGGAGCACCAAAUGAAACGAAACAAACAAAAAAA